ACUUCACCAUUUUUAUGGUAUUUUUAUUCAGCUUUGCCAAGAGCUAUGGCUACAUCAUUAUUAUUUGUACCAAUUGGCUUCGUUUUGGAGAGAAGAGUCCGACCGAUUGUUUUGGCUACUAUUGGCUUUGUUGUAAUUUACUCCAUACUACCUCAUAAGGAGCUGCGUUUUAUAAUUUAUGUAUUUCCUGUAUUGAAUUUAGCAGCCGCCACAGCUUGCCAUCGUAUUUGGUCGAAUAGUGGCAAAUCAUUGUGGCAUGGAUUCUUGUCCCUAUGUGCUGGAGGACAUUUACUAUUGAAUGUUUGUGUGACAUUAUUCCUACUAAUUGUAUCCGGUACUAAUUAUCCUGGUGGAGUGGCUAUAACACGCCUACAUACACUUGAGGCUGGAUCCUCAAAUGUUUCGGUGCACAUCUCUAAUUUGGCCGCACAAAGUGGAGUAUCGAGAUUUUUACAAUUACACGAUAAUUGGAAUUACUGCAAAAAGGAGCAAAUGAAUUAUACCAAAGAAGAGUCCUUGGAGUACACCCACUUAAUUGUGGAAGCUAAAAAUAAAUUCAACAAUCAAUUAUGGUCAUCGCUUCAGGAAGAUUUUGAUACUGUGGAAUUUGUGGAUUGUUUCAAUAAUAUUGGUAUACAAUAUAAUUCGAUUAUGCCAAUUAAAAUAAAAACCAAGGCAUGUUUGGCUAUAUUGAAGAAGAAACCAGGCAAGGAGCCAAGUGUAAGCAAGAAAGAAAGUAAAAAGAGGAAAAAGAAGUCUGUAAAUGAGGAGAUUGUUGAGGAGAGCUUAGAAAAGCCCACAAAGAAAACUAAAAAGGCCAAAGAAGUUACUAAGGAAGCUCCAAGGGAACCUCAAGAAGUCGAGGAGGAAACGUUAAAGGUUUUGGAAAAGGAAGAUGUUGAACAAAAACAAAAGGAGAAAAAGAAAAAGAAGAAACCUCAAACAGAAAUAAAGGAGAAUGUGGAGCAAAGUGAUGACCUAAAAUCGGACAAUGUGGAAAAUAUAGAACAUGAAGAGAAGGCAAUAGUUUCACAGGAAAUACCUGAUAAUACAUCACAAGAACCAAUGAAGAAAGUGAGGAAAUCGUAUAAACGAGUAAAGGAAAAUGUUUCCAACAAAGAAACAAAGGAAAAUAUUUCCACAGAGGAAAUAAAGAAAAAUGAUUCCUUCGAGGAAUUAAAGAAAACUAAUGACAUAGAUGAUGAUGAUGUAGACAAAGAAACCGAAGAAAAAGACAAUAGGUUGAGUAAUGAAGAAAUAAAUAAAUAUGAAGAAACAACAGAAGACAAUCAAAAUGAUGAGGAACUAGCACAACCUCCAUCUAACUUAGAUCCCGAACUAAGUUCAUUACUCUCCUCACCAGUUAGUUUAGAAGAUGAUAAUGAUGCAAUCGUAUCAACCGUUGAGUCCUAUGAAGAACAAGAUCUCUACAAUUCCAAAGAAACCGCUGAAACACCACAAAAAGAAAUUAAUUUCGAUGAAUUACGGAAUUUAGCUAUGGGCCAAGUAAAUCGUAAAACGAAAGCUACGAAAUUAAAAAUACGACGUCUCAUUGAACAACAUUUCCGUUCGAAGGGUAAACACAUUGAAAAUGAUUCUCAAGAAAAACCAACCAUCAAAACAGAGAAAGUCGUCUCUACCAAACAAUCGGUAAAGGCGAUCAUUAAACAGGAACGUAUCAAAGAAAUGAUUGAACAAAUUUCCACUAUGGAUUUAACGAAAAUGUGCAAUUUAGAAAAGGUAUCCACUAAGGAUUGCCUAAAGAGUGUUAUCGACAAAAUUGAUGGACAAACGCAAAGCUAG